AAAAAGCAGAAGAAAAGGUGAAAGUCAAUCCCGCCAAACGUUGAUCACCGCCUUGAGCCGAGAGAAUCAGGAACACCCGAGAUAGCCAUCCUAACCACCGAAGCCACGCAAACCAGACAGCACCGCUCUCAUUUGGUGGGGGUCUGUACCCCGUGUAAUUUUCUGGGGUCUUCCGAACUGCAGCCCCUCCCCUUUGUGACAAUACAUCUCCGGGAGCCCAUGGGGUUUCAGCUAUGGCGCCAUCCCGAGCGGAGGUUCCGCGCCGAUGGUUAGAAAUCCAAUUAAAAAAAAAAGCCGGGCCACUGUCUAGACUUCCGAUCGCUUAUCAACGCCUAUUGCCCCUCCCUUAACCUCCCCUCUCUCGCUCGGUUCUACAUACAGUCGAUGUUUACGGAGUAGUUCACCCUUGCUCAACUCCGUUUGAUCUUCUUUGACUGCGACAAUGGGCCGCCCCUCAGUUCCGCUGUCGGCGAAUUUGCCGCCACUGGUCAUGGGCACUGCGACAUUCAACUCGCAGUACAACCCCGAUCCCUACGCCCUCCCGACUACAGAAUUGGUCCAUCGUGCUCUCGCUAGUGGAGUCCGUGCUUUCGACACAUCGCCCUACUACGGCCCCGCGGAGGAACUCCUCGGCCGAGCGCUGGCCACCGAUUUCGUCCAGUCCAACUUCCCCCGCUAUACAUACCGCUUGCUCACAAAAGUCGGUCGAGUCGCGUCCUCUUCCUUCGACUACUCCCCGGAAUGGGUGCGCUAUAGCGUUCAGCGCAGUCUUCGUCGUCUCCACACCGACUACCUCGACGUAGUCUACUGCCACGAUGUCGAAUUUGUCUCGCCACAAGAGGUGCUGGAGGCUGUCCGGGAACUGCGCCGCAUCCGUGACACAGAGGGGACCAUUCACUACGUGGGUAUAUCAGGAUACCCCGUUGAUGUACUGAGCGAUCUCGCAGAACUGGUCCUACGGGAGACGGGCGAACCGCUCGACAUCGUUAUGUCUUAUGCCAAUUUCACUCUGCAAAACACCCGGCUGCUCACUGAAGCUCUGCCCCGUCUCGUGGCUGCCGGUGUCGACGUGGUUCCCAACGCUUCCCCGCUGGGAAUGGGUCUGUUGCGUCGCUCAGGUGUACCAAUUGGUAGUAUGGGAGACUUCCACCCCGCCCCGAACGGGUUGAGAAGCGCAAUUCACCGCGCUGCGGAAUGGGCCGAUACUCAGGGCGAGAAGAUCGAGGUGAUUGCCAUCCGGUUCGCACUCGAGUCGUGGCUCCGCGAGGGCGCUAAGGCAGGUGCUCUGGGGCCGCCUCUGGCUCGGUCUGCGGACGCGGAUCCGGGCUUUCUCUCUGUUGUGAAUUUGGGAACCGGCGAGCGACUCGGCGUCAGUGUGAUGGGCGUGAGCAACUUGGACGAACUGCACGAGACGCUCCGAGUUUGGCACAGUAUCAUCGAGGGUCUGGAGAACAAAGACGACGACGAAGGCACCGAAACGGGCAAUACCCAAUCCAGGCCGGCCGCCGUCCCUUCAGCUCUCCAGGCUCCUACAAUCCUCACCCCCUCAGAGGGGAUCAUCACCGACCGCGCGUGGUCAGACUCCCGUCGUCACCGCAUCCUAUCCCUUGCCCAGGAAAUCCAGGCGAUCCUCGGCUCCGAAUGGGUGGAUUUUAUCUGGCCAAGUCCUGGAACGGAUUUCGUCAACACUUUGUCGGCCGAGCAUCUUGCCUUGAAAAGGGAAUUGGCUGGACUCACUUCCGCAGGACAGGAAAAGGCAUCUCCUGCUAGCAGGGAUGGUCCGACAAUGAUCACCCCACCCUUGGAUGCGGUAGAUAUGAAGAUACCCGUCGACGCAGCCCCUUCAGAUGUUGCGUUGUAAAUAUGGAUUGUAAAUGUUUUGCUCCAAUAUAGACCGGGGAAGGUGACUUUUUGUUUGUUCCUCCUUUCCCAUUAAUGAUUGAAAAGAAUUAUCCUUAUGACUAUGUGGCCUUUAUGAGUGAUCUGUUUUGCCAAAUCAAAAUAGACUUAGCCACGACAUGAAGUACACGUCCUGAAUCUUCUAAAUCUAAAUAUAUAUCUUCUGGAAGCAAUCCUAAGC